UAAUUAAUCUUUAUACGAAGUGGAAACCCUUUAUUCGCUUUUCUAGCACACCUGUCAUUUAUGAAAUGCCACCUGGCGGCUUAACAAUGUCGUCGAUAAUGGUCACGUGACUUUGUUUUCUCCGCCAUUUUGAUUGAGUGUAACUUCCUGAGAAAAGACAUUUGACCAAUGCUGGUUCCAAAACAACGUCAUAUAACUAACUUCAAUGGAGUAGACACCAAGUUCAAGGCUUGUUGACAAUUAACAGCAAGUCAAAUCGUGCCAGCUGGAGUUGGAUCGUAGCCCAUCAAGCUGAGACGUGAUCAAGUGAGAGAAGAAAACAGAAAGGAUGAAUGCAGCAGUGUAAAUAGCUGGUGCGGUGGAGGCUAACGGCAGACAUUCUCACAGCUAGGAUGAUGAAUCGGGAGGAGGUGUAUUGCCUAUGUCUCUAGUACAUACUGACUUAACGGAACUAGUACAAAGUAUAUGUGUGUGCUUCUAAUUAUAUGGAGAGCUUUUUAGAAUGUAAAAUCUGGAUCGGGUUAAAUAGGCCUCAUCAUCACCAUCGUCCAUGAUGUCGAAGUGAAUGAGUGAAGUUGGAUAUAAUCAUCCCGGGGAUAGUAGUAUGGAGAACAGGCACUGAACACACAUGUACCCUGAUCGGUAGUGUGGCUGGUGUAUAUGGUUGACAGUUUCUGUUGCAUCACUAGCUGUGUACAUGGACCUUCGUGUUUUGUAGAUAUCUUGCACAGACUAAAUAGAAACCGUAGUAGCUAUCAGAGAUCUGAUAUAAUAGAAUUACUGAGAUACAGUAUAUCCCUGAGCUGGACCAGCAGGCAAACUCGGCUCUUGGUUAUCUCUUCCGUUUUGUAUGCUUCAUAUUGAAUUUGUCACAAGUAAUUACUGGACACACAACGAAGCACUAUAUAAACAGAAAUUAGCUAUUAUUCUGUGAGCAUACAAAACAGCUAAAUAUGUAUGAAGCUAUUAUUCUGUGAGGAUAGCAACAAACUCAACUACAUGUUAUUAGAGAACCUUCAAAGAGGAGAGUUUUACUUGUAACUUCAUUAAUAAGGCAGGAUUUCCAUCCAGUACAUCCACAAAAGGCCUUGUAUUAAAUACAGGCAGGCAAUAUUGGUACUGUCUGAGUAAGGACAGUUCAUAAAGUAUAGCUCCAAUGAAGUAGUUCCGUGUUCAUGUAGUGCAAUUGUGUACUUGAAGCGGAAGUAAAUAUUCACUGGGAUAGUGAGUGUGUACUUCAAUCUGAUUUAAAUAUCCACUGGAAUAUUGCAUAUUUGAAGCUGAAGUAUAUAUUCACUGGGAUAGUAUAUACUUCAAGCUGAUUUAAAUAUCCGUCGGAAUAUUGUGUGUUUGCAGCUAUAUUAUGUAUAAAUUGGGAUAUUGCAUACUUUAAAGUUGGAGCUUAACUGCAUAAUUCUUCUUUGGAAUAGUGUAUAUGUAUGCACUGUGUUUGAAAGAGCUGUCAACUAGAUUCUUUGGAUCUGUUUGCUAAGGAUUGGAUUCACAGAUUUAACCUUGCUGUUUGAUACCUGAUUUUUGUGUCGUUGUUGCUGCAGUGUUACAUCGUGUAAAUACCUUACAUUGGAUAUAAAACCAGGAUUAAUUCUACUAACAUGUACAAUCUCUAGCAAUAUGGAACUACUUGGUGUUGCAAGAAAUGUGAGUGAUUACUUAUAAAAAAGUGUGUUCGUAAAAGUACACCGCUAAAUAAACAAACAUGGCUACCAUAGCUACGACAGCCCUUGGUCCAACUGUGGUUAUUGCUACUGCAGAAACCUCCGAUUCAGGGGGUUCCGCUCGUGGCUCCUUGGGGACUGUCUCCAUGGGAACUGUUUCUGAGGGUACUGCUUCCCUGGGUACCGCAGUCGACCUAGAACCUGACCCUGAAGAACAGAGCCAACCUGAGCUGCACACUAUGUCCAUGCGACUGGUGUCUGGCGGCACGUACAAUGUUCGGGCAUCAGAGAUGGCUGCCCAUCUUCAGGAUCGUCAGCCUAAGACUGUGCAGUGUAUCGUACAUUUCCUAGACGAUAGCGAGGAACAGUUUGAAAUUGAUAAGCGUGCGAAAGCGCAACAUUUAUUGGAUAAAGUAUUUGACCACUUGGAGCUGGUGGAGAAGGAUUAUUUUGGACUUCAGUUUGUUGACCUUUCACCCGCUCCGGACCACAUGGUCGGCCAUAACUUCAUGGCCCCUAGUAUAUACGCAUUGAGGUGGCUGGAUCCACUGAAAACAAUUAAGAAGCAAUGUCGAGGUCCUCCGUUCCAGUUUUUUUUCCGUGUAAAAUUUUAUGUAUCAGAUCCUAGCAAGCUGUCCGAGGAAUAUACAAGGUAUCAUUUUUUCCUCCAAGUGAAGCGAGAUAUUUUAGAAGGGAGGCUAGUGUGUCCCCCCAGUACUGCCGCCCUGCUGGCUAGCUACGCAGUGCAAUCUGAGCUUGGUGAUUAUAAUCCAGAAGAACAUCGGGACAACUACCUCACAGAAUACCAAUUUCUGCCUACACAGACGGAAGAGUUUGAGAAACAAGUGUCAGAACUACACAAACAGCACAGGGGCCAGACUCCAGCUGAUGCAGAGUACAACUACCUAGACAAGGCCAAACGUCUGGAGAUGUACGGAGUGGAUCUCCACAACGCUCGGUCUAUGUCCAUGAUGACGGGUGAAAUAGAGCAGGAAACCGCGUUCAAUAUAGAUCAGAGUAACGUAGACAUACAGCUUGGUGUCACGUCUAUAGGAUUGGUCGUGUUCCAGAACAACGUCAAAAUCAACACAUUCCCAUGGGCAAAAAUAGUAAAGAUUUCCUUUAAAAGGAAGCAGUUUUUCAUUCAGCUUCGACGAGAAGUGAACGAUGCUGUAGAAAAUUUAAUAGGUUUUAACAUGGUCAGCUAUCGAUCGUGUAAAAACUUAUGGAAGUCCUGCGUGGAACAUCACACGUUUUUCCGGCUUUAUGUUCCGAAUCCUCCCACCAAGAAAAUAUUCUCUAUCGGGUCGAAGUUCCGAUACAGUGGAAAAACAGAGUUCCAGACUUUGGAAGAAAGCAAGCGGCGAACUAAAAUGGAUCGUUCAUUUUCCAGGAUCAUCGGAUUUUUUCGGUCGCCAAGUAAAAAGUUUGCUCGACGGACGGUAGGAGGACAUACGACGAAAGUGAUUAUGGAAGAACGGAACUUUAUAGAUGGACAUCGGAAUAUUCCUAAAUCACAAACAUUCUCUGGACUCAGUAGUGAUGGUACACGGACAGUUUCUGCGGGUGGCAACCAUUCCUUUAAUAGAUACGACAGUGUCAAUAACCAGAUGCGGGCAACAUUACCGCACGACUACAAAGUCGGGCAGACAGUGCGUGGAUCUUUGCAUUCGGAAAAGUCAGACGACGAUGGUGGUUUCCUUACUCACAAUGCAUCUAAAGAUACAUAUCCUCAGCCCAUCCCUACAAAAAACGUCAACUUCCCGUCUGUGGGAGACAACCAAAUCAAAGAUAUCCCUAAUCAUACGGAUACCGACAACCAACUUCCUGCGUACAAUGAUUACUUGCCUAACGGGAAUGGUUACCCUGAAGGACAUGGUCUGGUUACCAUACGGAUGAUCCCCGAUGAACAGGGGAGGUUCGGGUUCAAUGUCAAGGGAGGGGCAGAUCAGGGCAUGCCCAUCAUUGUUUCCCGGGUCGCUCCCAGCACGCCGGCAGAUCUGGCCAUUCCUCGGCUCAACGAGGGGGACCAGGUUCUUGUGAUCAAUGGACGGGAUGUUUCACAGCAUACACACGAACAGGUGGUCAUGUUUAUUCGCGCAUCCAGAGAAACACAUUCAGGGGAACUGGUGUUGAUCGUUCGGCCCAACGUUUAUGUGAGUGAGGACACACCUGAGGAGCACUACUUUGAGUACCUACCUGAGUCCCAUGUGAUCACGACGACGGCGGGUGCCAAUGCCCUGGAGGCCUCUUUAGUGCUGCUGCAGGAAAGUCUGGAGGGAGGUGCCGCCCUCGCUCAAUUUGAGCAACUGUACAGAAAAAAGCCAGGGAUGACGAUGAACGCAGCUAGGUUGGAGGCAAACAUUCCUAAAAACAGAUACAGAGAUAUCUCACCUUAUGAUCAAACCAGAGUGAUAUUAAAAUCGGGAGAUGAAUAUAUCAAUGCCAAUUACGUAAAUAUGGAGAUCCCUGGUUCGGGGAUAGUAAAUAGGUACAUCGCGGCGCAGGGCCCACUGCCAAACACGUGUGUGGACUUCUGGCAGAUGGUAUGGGAGCAACACUCCUCACUCGUUGUCAUGCUCACCACCAAGAUAGAACGAGGAAGGGUGAAGUGUCACCAAUACUGGCCCGACCUCUACGAGACGGUGGAUUACGGCGAGCUGCAAAUCACCUGUGUCAAGGAAGAGGACACAACGUCAUUCGCUUUCCGCGAGUUUAACCUCACACAUUUAUCAACAAAUGAAGAGAGACACAUAUCUCACAUGCAAUAUAUAGCGUGGCCAGAUCAUGGCGUUCCCGAUGAUCCUGCAGAUUUCCUAGAUUUUGUAGGCAAGGUUCGACAGAAGCGUACUGGGAUGGUAGAACCUACAAUAGUUCACUGUAGUGCUGGGAUAGGGCGGACAGGGGUCCUAAUCACCAUGGAGACCGCCAUGUGUCUGAUCGAGUCUAACCAGCCAGUAUAUCCUCUGUCUAUAGUACGACAAAUGCGAGACCAGCGUGCUAUGCUGAUACAAACACCUAGUCAGUACAAGUUUGUCUGUGAGGCAAUCUUAAAAGUAAGUCAUGACCAGCUAGUUAAACCAAUGGAGGACUACCAGCGGUGAAAGUGACCGACAUGGCGGGCCUCCCCGCUCUAACUUACCAUAUCAUCAUCCCGCAUGUGGGCCGCGGUGGCUCUGUGUCACACAUAUCCACAGACAAGGUGCCAUCCAUCUCUUAUCAUCAUCUAUGUGUGUCCUUGUUUGAGGUCGAAGGCCUCGCAUGUGAAGGACGUCCAAUGUGUCACGGCCAUCGUUGCACACUGCCACGAUCAUUCUCUGAACCUCAGUGCUUCGUGUCACAGACGGUCGUCCUUUGUACAGAGAAACGGCUCUUCUCUGAUUUCAUUCCGUCUGUCUUUGGCAGUGGUCAUCGUCAGUGUGUAUCAAAAUGUUGUCCCGAUAACCGGGAAAUCUCCAACCAUCUCUAUACUGCUGGAUCUGAUAACAUUGUGCGCUCAUACUGAGGUGUACCAAAGAGAGAAUGAAAGCAGUGAUCUUUUAUAAGUUCACCGGCUGUCGACAGGACGCAUGCUAGCAUCAACUGAUGUGCGAAAUUUCACCUCAAUCAAAGUGUGUUGAACAAACAAUGAAAGGUUUAACAUUGUAAUGCACUGAAGACUAUGGUGUUGGUGAAGCAGUGGAGCUGGUAUUCUCCCUGUGUUGUGGAUUCAGCUUGCAACGAGCAUUACGUUGACUUUAAAUCCAAUCAUAGCAUGUGGAUCUGAUCUCCACCUGAUCAUGUUUAAAAUCAAACUCGUCAUCCAACGAGAUGGGGAUACCUACCGUGUAAGGCUGGUCUCUUAUGGUGCAUGGAGCGCGAUUAUUUAUGAGAAUUGGAUAUUUAAGAUUUAAAGGGAGGUGGAGAUAACCCAAUGAUUGAUAUCAGUAUGUUUACAUGUAUGUCAAAAGUCAUACCUGUUGGUGAGUAUCAGCUUGUAAAGGGAAGUAACUCUCCACAGUGUUUUGAUUAAUCAGCCAGCUGUUUUGUUGACCUCACUGAGGAUCUUGCGAUCUGAAUUUUAAAUGAGGUCACUGACACACGAAUCAUAUUUUAAAGCAAUGAAGAUGCUGCAGUGACUCGUCUUUUUAUGUUGCCAUGGUAACCCAAAUCUAUUUUAACAAUUGUCAUACUACAAAAUUAUUUGAAGUUAUAUUUAUGAAUGUAUAUGUUUUCAAUUUUACUAAAAGAAUGCAUGUGUAAUAGAUAUCAUUUAAUAUUUGAAAGAAAUAACAAAAUCAGUGCUUCGUACUUGAUGAUACUCAGAACCCUUAUUGCUAGUCUGCAAUUUAACAAUUUAGAUUUAUUUUCAUUCAUCAUACAUCUAACUUAAAAAUCUUUUAUUUUCACUGAAUGGUAAGUAAAUAUUUUCAGGUGUUUUACUUUGAUUGUUUCAGAGAUUGUUUAUGAUAAAGAAUAUUUGAAAUUCUAAACCUUCAAGAGUUUUUGAUUUUUUUUCUUAAAAAUUAUUUAAGUCACUAUUAAACUAUAAGUGCAUAGAAGCAUAGACACAACCAAAGCUUGUGUUAUGUUUUUGCAUAGUUAAUUAGGUAAAACACUGAUUCAAAAUGAAAUUCAUCCUCAAUUCUUGAAAAUGAAGUAUCUAGUUUUAUAGAUUUUCAACAAGUAUUACAUAGGGUUUACCUCGGUGGUAUGGUUAAAUACAAUGUGAUUUGUCAUCAAAGUCAUAUCAUUUUUAUUUCAACAUUUGAGAACUUAACUCAUUCACCCCUGAAGACACAUUUGAACUCUUCCAAUUCAAAGGUUGGAAUAGUCCAUUAUGAAAAUUCAGGGGUGAAUGAGUUAAUAUGAUUUACAAGUUCCUGUGGUAAGGUUAACAUGUUUUAUCAAACAUUUUAUAUUACAGUAAGUUAUUUUGAAGAUGUUCUGUGAAGAAGUUGCGUGAAAUAUCAUGUUCAGUUGGUAUUUUGAUUGUGCAACUUCAAUGUGUAUGCUUCAUAUCGAAUGAGAGGUUACAUGUGAGAAAUGGAGUGUGCUGCUUAAAAACCUAUAUGUUCUGGUAACCGGCAUUUUAUUUUAAAAGCAUGUCUGAUAUGCCAAAUGUCUGACAUUUUUUUCUGUGAGAGUAUGCAAGAAAAUCAUGUGUAAAAUUAGAUAGAUAAUAACUAGGGCUGCAACGAUAUAUUGCGAUAUUUUGAAUGCGGUACAAUACACAAUGAUUUUUGGGGAGGUUACAAUACACCGACGAUAUUUUCAAGAUUUUUUGUUUCUGAAUUUAGUCGACUCGUAUCAGUUCAAACAUGGUCAGCGAUAGCUCCAGCUCAGCAUGCAUGUCGAAAGACGGGAAGCGUGUGUCACUUUCAAGUCAUGCUUAUUUUGGACCAAGUCUAUUUCAAGUUGUAAUAUGGCCAUUAAAAGUUAGCAACCUAUCUUUUCUCUUUGCUCCUACUGUUAUAUAUGUAUCGUUGCAGCCCUAAUGAUAACUCAUGUACAUCUACAACAUUUAUCACUGGAGGUUUUUAAUUUGGGCAUCACUUCUAGCUUAUUAAAAGAGUUUUAUUUCCUUUAUGCAUAUAUCAUAUGCAUGAAAUCUUUCAAGUUUUUGUUUUUACAAACUACGAAGAAUAUUUCUUGGCCAUUAAGUGGUGAUCCUUCUCUUCGUAAUAUUUUAUGAUAAAUUAUUAAUUUUAUUUAACAAGUUGAUGUGACAUUCUGUAUUUAUUUGGCAAUAUGCCCAUGCCUGGUAAUUAGCCCAUCCGUAUAUUUUGCAAUUAAGUAUUAAAAGCCGACAAAAUCCUAUUUUCUUGUCCUGUAAUAAGCCCACCCCCUACUUUGAAUCAAGAGAUUUUCUGUUGGCUCCCUGGGCUUAUUGCAGGAUAUGUACGACACAUGUUUGGGACAAAGUAACCAGAUAAAAAGAAUUGUAUAAAUUAUUCACUCUACGAUUCCAUUACAGACUUGUGGAUGCGAGAUGUAAUAUUAUAGAUGUAUGACAGCAGCAUGCAUGUUUGUGGAGACGGUUAUCUGAGGGUGUCUUUCCUAUAUAUAUAUGGAUGUAUAUAUAGUCUUUGUGACAAAUUAUGUUCUAUGUGUACAUAGUGUAUGAAAGGAAUAUAAGUAAUGAAACCAUAGUAAAUUAAUAUUGAUUGUACGAAAUAUGAGCCAUUCAUGUUAACGUACACACAUACCAGGCAAUAUCAAACUUGAUUAAAAUCUUUCCCAAGUAAA